AUGGAAGAAGAUGAACUCUUUGGAGAAAAAGCAUUCCAGUAUUUUUGUGCAGAAUUCAUUAAACAUUCACAGCAGAUAGGUGAUGGUUGGGAAUGGAAAACUUCGAAGGACUGUACUGAUGGCUACAUGUGUAAGACACAUUUUCAGAUCAGGAAUGGGACUGUGGAGUCACAUGCAGGCUCAUCUGCCCAUGCACCAGCAUGCCUGCCUACUGAGGACACUUCUGAGCUGCCUCCUGAUGAUUUUGAAGUGGCCGAGAAUACAGCGCCAUCGGAAGUGAUUAAAUAUGAGUAUCAUGUCUUGUAUUCCUGUAGCUACCAAGUACCAGUGCUUUACUUCAGGGCAAGCUUUUUAGAUGGAAGACCUUUAACGGUGAAGGACAUAUGGGAAAGAGUCCACGAAUGCUACAAGACACGACUUUUGCAGGGACCAUGGGACACUAUUACUCAGCAGGAACAUCCAAUCCUUGGGCAACCCUUUUUUGUACUUCAUCCCUGCAAGACGAAUGAAUUUAUGAUUCCUGUAUUAAAGAAUUCCCAGAAAAUCAAUAGGAACGUCAACUACAUCACGUCAUGGCUGAGCAUUGUAGGGCCAGUUGUUGGAUUGAAUCUACCUCUAAGUUAUGCUAACACCAUCUCUCAGAAUGAAUGA